ACAAAAGUUUGUUUUUUCUCCAUGAAAAUUUCUUUCAAAAUUGAUCACUUAUUUGUUACAUUUCAAAAGUUGAAAUGUUAUUUGAUAUAUGUUCACAUAUUAUAUACUUCUUGUGUAAUUUUUUUUAGAAUCUUAUUUGAAAAUUAACCAACAUAAUCUUAUUUGAAAAUUAACCAACAUAAACUAGACAAUCCCUCAAUAACUGGCUUCAGCUCAAACCGAUAUUGAUAGCGUUUUAUGAAUAUGUCUCAAAAAUUGACAUAAAUGUGCGAAACAUUAUGUUUUAGUAUUAUAUGAAUCUACCCUAAUUUUGGAACAUAUUUAUAGAACAAUAAAAAACUGUUGUUGUUACCAAACAACCCUUUAAAAUCAAUAAACAACCCUUUAAAAUCAAUAAGGUUGGAAAGUGGGUUAAGCCCUAUCUAAAUCUAACCAGCAUGCAGCUCCUUUAUAAAAAAAAAGCGGAAAACUUAACCAAACAUUUAAAUUGUAUUUACAAUAGCCAAAAUUAUAUUUACACUAAUCAAAUUGAUUAAGAACAACAUAGAAUACAUGGUUUAAAAGAUAUUAACACAAGCUUUUUCAAGAUUCCAAAUGAACCGAAAUGCUCAAACCCCUAAGCUUGUCCAGAAUUGGGAAUUAAAUUCAGAGACAAACAGGUUGGAACUUCAUGUUGGAUCUAAUUCCGGGUUUGAAUCAUACCCUGAUUCAUUUCUAUUGUUUGGAGAUCCAUAGCACUUUUUUCUGGUUAGCUGGUUCAGAUCUGAGCCUCAAAACCGAACCAAAUUCUGUACCGUGUCCGACGAGCAUUUGGCAAUUCGUAGCCCAUGAAACUUGGAGGCCAUCUGCUCAUGACGCUGGCGCCACAAGCUUUUUCUAAACACAUUCACUAAGAAAACCUUAAAAUUUUGUCCAAACUUUAAAUUUUGUUAAGGGAUAGCCGGAAAUCAUCGUAGGCAGUUUAGUCAUUCAGACCAAAUAAAUGCCCUGCCCCUCUUCUCCCAUCCUUUUUCUCGCUCUCUGUUCCACGAGGCAAGAGGCCAGGAAGGAGGAGAGAAUGCCGGGAUACAGAGUACCUUCCGAUUACUCUCAGGAGCCCCCACGUCACCCUUCACUCAGAAUCAACGCUAAGGAGCCAUUCAAUGCGGAGCCAUUGCGUUGUAAUCUACUUGAGUCAUACAUAACUACUGUGGAUAUGUUCUACAAGCGGAAUCAUGGACCAAUACCAUUGGUUGAUAAUAUUGAUAGAUAUCGUGUUGUAAUCAAUGGCCUCAUAGAGAAUAGCAGGGAGUUCUCUAUGGCAGAGAUCAGGAGCCUUCCGAAAUACAAUGUUACAGCUACUUUACAGUGUGCGGGAAAUAGAAGAACUGCAAUGAGCAAAGUGAAAACUGUUAAGGGCGUUGGUUGGGAUGUCUGUGCUCUUGGAAAUGCUGUUUGGGGAGGUGCUAAAUUGUCAGAUGUCCUGGAAUGGAUUGGAAUACCAAAGCUCACAGCAGUAACUUCUUUAGGAGGAAAACAUGUUGAAUUUGUCAGUGUUGAUCAGUGUAAAGAAGAAAAAGGUGGCCCAUACAAGGCAUCUAUUCCUCUCAGUCAGGCAACAAAUCCCCUAGCUGAUGUAUUGCUUGCAUAUGAAAUGAAUGGAGAGGUCCUCAAUCGCGAUCAUGGGUAUCCACUGCGUGUAAUUGUCCCUGGCGUUAUUGGUGCUCGAUCUGUUAAAUGGUUGGAUUGCAUUAACAUAAUUGAAGAAGAAUCUCAGGGAUUUUUCAUGCAGAAGGACUAUAAAAUGUUUCCUCCGUCAGUUAAUUGGGACAAUAUUGUAUGGUCUAGUAGAAGGCCUCAGAUGGAUUUCCCUGUUCAGAGUGCUAUAUGCUCCCUUGAGGAUGUGGAUGUAGUGAAGCAAGGAAAGACUACUGUCAGAGGAUAUGCUGUUUCCGGAGGAGGGCGUGGCAUUGAGAGGGUUGAUUUGUCAAUUGAUGGUGGGAAAACAUGGAUAGAAGCUUCAAGGUACCAAAGAAGGGAUGUUCCCUAUGUUUCAGAUGAUAUUCAGAGUGACAAAUGGGCUUGGGUGUUAUUUGAGGCCACUGUCAAUCUACCACCAUAUGCUGAGAUAGUGGUCAAAGCGGUUGACGUAGCUGCAAAUGUUCAGCCAGAAAGUGUGGAAGAAAUAUGGAACCUGAGAGGAGUUCUAAAUACUUCAUGGCACAGAGUUCGAGUCCGGAAUGCAUCUUUACCAAUUGCAAGCUCCAAUCUGUAAUUUUGUAACUAAGCAGCAAACACGAUAGGCGUGGUGAUAUUUGAAAACGUAAGUUUUCAAAUUCAUCAUAUUCCCCUGCUUGCUCUAAUGGGUUUUGUUGCACUACCAACAGAAAAUAGUUGCUUGCUUGAUGAAUACCAAAAGCUUUUGCUCUUAAGGUUC